AUUUCCGAACUGGUGCAGUGCAAACGGCCCGUUCAUCAUCACCGAUGGUGUGCAGAACAAGGGGGACUUAAAACACAGAAACAACCCAAAAAUCAUCAUCUUCAUCAACCAGCCAAACAACAAAAAAAGCAAACAAACAAAAAAAACUAACCAACCAACAGAACCAUCCUGUCAUCAUGAGCUACGACCCGUAUCUUCCUCCUUCCCUGUCCCGGCGCUUGAGGGACGACUCCUCGCCUCGCGUCUCCUCCUCGUCCUCCUCCCGGCUCCACCGGCCCUCACACUCCUCCUUCUCCUCGGCGCUCCAGAGGAGAGGGGCCCCGCGGUCGGAGCGCUGCGACCUGGUCCAGGCCAGCGUUCUGAGCGGCGAGCUCCGGGACACGCGGGCCCAGGAGCGCGAGCAGCUGGUGGACCUCAACAACCGCUUCGCCUGCUACAUCGAGCGCGUGCGGGAGCUGGAGCAGCACAACCGGGCCCUCCUGGGCCAGCUGGAGGCCCUGCGGCGCGGCCUGGGCGACCCCUCGCGCGUGCCGCGGCUCUACGAGGAGGAGGCGCGGGCACUGCGGGCCCGGGUGGAGGAGGAGGCGCUGGAGAAGUCGCGCGUGGAGGCGCAGAGGGAGCGAGCGCGGGAAGAGCUGGCGCUGCUCCGGGAGCGCUGGGAGGAGGAGGCCGAGAGGAGAGCGCGGGCCGAGGAGGCGCUCCGGAGGGCACGCGAGGACGCCGGCCGGGCGGCGCUGGGCAACUGCGACGCGGAGGCCAGCCUGGUCUCCCUGGCGACGGAGGCGGGGUUCCUGAAGAAGGCGUUCGCCGAGGAGGAGGCCGGGCUGAGGGCCGAGCUGCGGGCGCUGGCGGCCGGGCGGGACGCGGUCCGGGCGCCCGUGGUGGGCGGCGCCGACCUCUCGGGGGCGCUGCGGGAGAUCCGGGGCCAGUACGAGCGCCUGGCCAGCCGGAACACGGCGGCGGCCGAGGAGUGGUUCCGGGGGAAGAUGGCGGCGGCGGCCGAGGUGGUGCAGCGGAACGAGGAGGCGGUGCGCUCGGUGCGGGCCGAGACCGCAGAGUACCGGCAGCAGCUGCAGGCGCGCUCGGCCGAACUGGAGGUGCUGCGCAGCGCCAUCGACUCCCUCAACUCGCAACUCGCCGAGCUGGAGGAUGAGCAGGGCAAGGAGGUCGCCAAGUACCAGGGGAGGAUAAUAGAUUUGGAGCGAGACAUUGGUGAUGCAAAAGAGGAGAUGUCACGGUACCUGCGGGAAUACCAGGACCUCCUGAAUGUGAAGAUGGCUUUGGACAUCGAGAUUGCUGCAUACAGGAAACUUCUGGAAGGAGAGGAGAUUCGACUGACCUUCUCUGCCCUUCCAGCUCUUGCUUAAAAAUCCAACAACUUUCACUCGUAGCUCUUUCCACCUGAAACAAUCCUCACUCAAACUCAUUCUCUUCACUAAGUCAAUUUAACAUGAACAUUCCACCCCUUAAAACCCUGCAAACUCCCUCCCUUAAUAUGUGACCCCUACUCUUCCCACACCCUUCAACCCAAACCCUUUGGCAAAUCCUUUAAGCUUUCCCCACCAACCCUUAACCCUUUCCCCUUAACUUCUCUAUCCUAUGCUAUUAGGCCCUGGGACAUUAACACUCUGUCCCAAGUGUUUGACGUACUUACCCUUCAACCAACCUGAAAUACUGACCUAUCCUUUUAACCUGCUUAACCUCUAGCCUCUUCUCCCCACCCAAUACCAUGGCCCCUAAUAUAACCUCUUAUGCUUCCCUCACACUCCCUACCUUUAACCUUAAACAUGAUACCAAAUCAUAUUCAUACUAACACUCUUUUAACUCCCAUUCCCAUCGAAACUCAUACCGUUUCACCCCUAUGCCCUAAACUGUCAAAUCCCCCAAUACCCAACACUCUCAAUCCAGUCAUCAAUCUGAAGAUUCUCGAGCCCUUGUGUCCCACAAGAGUUCCAUCGUAACAGUCCCCCUUCUUCUCCACACUCAGUUCAAGAUGGCCGUCGUAGGAGAGGUUGUGGCGUGCGCUGCACUGUGUUAGUUCCUCCCCUGCCCCCCUUCUUCUGCUGCCUCCUCUGAGCAGAGUUCUGUCCAUUGUGGUUUUAGCAACAUUCCUCGCACAUGGAUCAAAAUCCAAUUGAAACUCUACAUCCACCCAUUUGGCAAACUCUUUACCAAUUGUUUGUGAGGUGGACUGAACCAUUCUAAAUAGAUUGGGCAUCCAGUGCAUGGGCUAAUUGAACUCUGUUCAGUGGACGCUGCCUUUAUCCCUGGCUCUGAAACAGUAGUCAGCGAGCCAGUGGAUGUUUGUGGUAGUUUAACUGAUUUCCAUUGUGUAGCUUACGGCGCUUUGAUAAUGUAUACUUUUCUUUUUCCUCCUCAGUGGUAACAUUCUCGUACUGUCAGCUUCAAUUAUGUUUCGGUAACUAUUUUAUUAAUCUGUUUUCUUUAGCUAAAAAUUUACUCAAUUGGAAUGCAUACAGAAAAAUAAUAAAAACGAUGUGGUUUGGAUCUGGAAGUAUAAAAAUAAAUGAAAACAAUAGCCUAAAUAAAAACAGUUCAUGAAUAAUCUGAAUAAUUUGGUGAGUAAAAUAAAACAACACAAUUUAGACCAACUUUUAUUGAAAAGUGCACACCCCUAAAGUGAUGGUGAGGAGAACUGAGCAAUUUGAGAAUCCAUUGAGGAAGAGAAUCAAGUGGUGCCUCAGUGAAAACUGUAGGACAGUGUCUGUCCGCUUGUCUGAGCUUUUGUUUCUAUGUGCUCUUCUGUUUAGGAGACCUUUUUCAAAUCAAGAUAGAUUAGAGAAACAAAUCAUUCAGCCUGGUAAUGGCCAUUAGUACAAAUAUGACUGGUGCUUAGAAUAUGUCUUCGGAAGUACCUGAAUAAAAUUAAACAUAACAAUUUA